UCUCUUCUCACAUGGGAAAUGUCACAUGUCCUUUUCCAUUCCUGUCACCUUUCCCUGAACUCUGUCUUGCUUUGCUGCAGGAUUCUUGUGAAACUUGGGAGUAUUGGGCGACCAGUCCUGCAUGUGUUAUUCCAAAUGUGAAUGCAUCAUCGAUUUACAUCAUUAAUUGCCUGCAUUUCGCACAUUAUUCUCCAUCCUGUUCCUUUUGCAGUCUAACAUCUUGCCUGACCAAUAAAUUAGAGCUGUGUUCUACAUCCAAAUGAUCACUGAGCCAUCCACAGUGGCACUCAGCUGCCUUUCCCAAACCACUACAGGUAAUUGAGGACCCUGUAAGGCAUAUGAGCAGAUCCAUUUUCUUCUCCCUCUUCAGUGUGCAACACUUUGUCUGAACAGAGCUGAACUUUGUCUGGUACCAUGUCAUCUAUUCAUCUAGUCGGAUUAGGUGCCUCUGAAGUUUCUAAUAGCCUUUUCAGAUUUUGACUGAUUCUGUAUUCUUUGCAGAUUUGGUGGACUCACAGCCACUUUUUUCCAGAUCUUUCCUGAAAAUCCUGAGUGACCCAGGAAGCACUAUGGAACCUUAAAUAACACGAAAGAAGAGAAGGCCACAAAUUUGCCACCAUAUUCAAAAUCAGAAAACACAUACAUCAACAAUGUACUUGUAUUUCAGAAAACUGUGAGAUGCAUAUACAUGGGAGAGGAACAGAGGAGGUAUUCAGUGAAGAAUGCCAGAAGGCAUGGACUCCUUUUGAUGGAGGGGAAAAGGACACAAUCAAAUUACGAAGCUUCAGGUAUGGCUCCAAUUGAAGAAGAGUGUUUUACUGACUCAGUGGAAGCUAAGCAAUUGGCAUCCAAAGAUAACAGGGCGAAGAUAAGAUAUGCUAAUACAUACAGACUGGAGUCACAUAAUAAAUUUCGAGAUUAUUUAGUAAGAGACAAAGUUCAAGAGAUACUAACGAAUAAACUCCAGCAAGCCAAAUAUGAUGGAGAUUCUAGUCCCUCCUUGUGUGUUUCACUCUCAGAUGAAAUAUUAAAGGCUGUGAAGGAAUUCAACUUUGACCGUUAUAAGUACGUGGUAUUAGUACAGAUUGUGGAAAAGACAGGUCAGGCAAUAAAUGUUGCCAGCAGAUGUGUCUGGGAUGAUCAGAGAGACACUUGGGUUUCAGCAAAAUGUGAAACUGAAACAUUUAUUGCACUGGCUGUGGUAAUGGCUUGUUACUACGAUUAAUACUCUAAAAGCCACACCUGGUUUUGUGUAUCACAGUACCUGCCAUAUUUGAAAAAUUUCAGAAUGUCAUUAUUUUAGUACCAAUUUUUGUCCUAGUGCUGUUGGCCCAUAUAGUUGAGAUUACUUUGCUCAUUUUUCUCUGUUCAAAAAAAAAAAACAAGAAAAGCUUUUGAAAUGUGUAUGGUUGAGUACAUAUGGGCUUCAUCUGUCGUAAUGCUCUGCUGUGGAAGUUGAAGCAGCUGGUGUAAGGCCAAACUUUGCAAAAUUUUGAAUGAUCUUGUCUGUUGCAUGCCUAGAGUUGUUAACGAACGUUUACAAUAAAUUGCAGGUAUUGGUGGUCUUAAAAGCCCACUUUUUGUGAGAAAAGGCAGCUAUCCUUUUUUCCCGGUUGCAUCUUGGAUGAAAUGCCAAUCUGUGGAGAAGCGUGGCCGGGAGGGAAGCCGUGUUUUGCACACGUAGAUAUUGGUGCAAAUUUCCAGUCGUUUCCCUUGAUGGAAGCGCGAGUUAUGUCAUUACCUGCCCCGGGCCUUAAACUUACCCGAAAU